CAUGGAGCCUCCCGGCGGGGGCCUGGGACCCGGCCGCGGGACCCGGGACAAGAAGAAGGGCCGGAGCCCGGACGAGCUGCCUGCGGCGGGCGGUGACGGCGGCAAAUCCAAGAAAUUUCUGGAAAGAUUUACCAGCAUAAGAAAUAAGAAGGAAAAGGAAAAGUCCAAUUCUGCUCAUAGAAAUUCUUCUGCUUCAUAUGGAGAUGAUCCCACAGCACAGUCAUUGCAAGAUGUUUCAGACGAGCAAGUGCUGGUCCUCUUUGAACAGAUGCUGCUGGAUAUGAACCUGAAUGAGGAGAAGCAGCAGCCUCUGCGGGAGAAGGACAUUAUCAUCAAGAGGGAGAUGGUGUCCCAGUACUUGCACACGUCCAAGGCCGGCAUGAGCCAGAAGGAGAGCUCUAGGUCGGCCAUGGUGUACAUUCAGGAAUUGCGGUCAGGCAUGCGGGAUAUGCCUCUGCUCAGCUGUCUGGAGUCUCUUCGUGUCUCUCUCAACAACAACCCUGUCAGUUGGGUGCAAACAUUUGGUGCUGAGGGCUUGGCCUCCUUAUUGGACAUCCUUAAACGACUUCAUGAUGAGAAAGAAGAGAAUGCGGGAAACUAUGAUAGCCGUAACAAGCAUGAAAUCAUUCGCUGCUUGAAAGCUUUUAUGAACAACAAGUUUGGAAUCAAGACGAUGUUGGAAACAGAAGAAGGGAUCCUGCUGCUGGUCAGAGCCAUGGACCCUGCCGUCCCCAACAUGAUGAUCGAUGCCGCUAAGCUGCUCUCCGCUCUUUGUAUUCUACCACAGCCUGAGGACAUGAAUGAAAGGGUUUUGGAGGCAAUGGCCGAACGAGCUGAGAUGGAUGAGGUGGAACGUUUCCAGCCACUGCUGGAUGGAUUAAAGAGUGGGACCUCCAUUGCACUCAAGGUGGGGUGCCUACAGCUGAUCAAUGCUCUCAUCACACCAGCUGAAGAACUUGAUUUUCGAGUUCACAUCCGAAGUGAACUGAUGCGCUUGGGACUGCAUCAGCUGUUGCAGGAUCUUCGAGAAAUUGAAAAUGAUGAUAUGAGAGUCCAGCUCAAUGUAUUUGAAGAGCAAGGAGAUGAAGAUUCCUAUGACCUGAAGGGACGGUUGGAGGACAUUCGCAUGGAGAUGGAUGACUUCAGUGAAGUGUUCCAGAUUCUCUUAAACACAGUGAAGGACUCCAAGGCCGAGCCACACUUCCUGUCCAUCCUACAGCAUCUACUCUUAGUCCGGAAUGACUAUGAGGCCAGACCACAGUACUAUAAGUUGAUUGAAGAAUGUAUUUCCCAGAUAGUUCUGCACAAGAAUGGAACUGAUCCUGACUUUAAGUGCCGGCACCUCCAGAUUGAUAUUGAGGGGUUGAUUGAUCAAAUGAUUGAUAAGACGAAGGUGGAGAAGUCUGAAGCCAAAGCUAUAGAGUUGGAAAAAAAGUUGGACUCAGAGUUAACAUCCCGACAUGAGCUACAGGUGGAAAUGAAAAAGAUGGAAAGUGACUUCGAGCAGAAGCUCCUGGACCUUCAAGGAGAGAAGGAAGCAUUGGAUACUGAAAAGCAAGACAUUACCACUAAGAAACAGGACCUGGAAGCAGAGGUGUCUCAGCUCACGGGAGAGGUUGCCAAGCUGUCAAAGGAACUGGAAGAUGCCAAGAAAGAAAUGGCUUCUCUCUCUGCUGCAGCAGUGGCUGUAGUUCCCCCUGUACCCAUCAGUAAUGUUCCCCCUGCCCCUCCUUUACCGGGUUACUCUGGCACUGAUACUCCACCUCCACCUCCACCUCCACCUCCUCCUCCACCUCCUUUGCCUGGGUCUGUUCACAUCCCUCCACCCCCUCCUUUGCCUGGGUCUGCUCAUAUCCCUCCACCCCCUCCUUUGCCUGGGUCUGCUCACAUCCCUCCACCCCCUCCUUUGCCUGGGCCUGCUUUCAUCCCGCCACCCCCUCCUUUACCUGGAAGUAGUAGCAUUCCCCCACCUCCCCCUCUACCUGGGAGUACUGCUGUCCCUCCACCACCUCCUCCUUUGCCUGGAGGAUCAGGAAUGCCCCCACCCCCUCCCCCUCUUCCUGGAGGAAUCCCACCACCCCCUCCUUUUCCUGGAGCCCCUGGCAUUCCCCCACCUCCACCUGGUAUGGGUAUGCCUCCACCUCCCCCUUUUGGGUUUGGAGCUCCUGCAGCCCCAGUUCUGCCAUUUGGAUUAACUCCAAAGAAACUUUAUAAGCCAGAAGUGCAGCUCCGAAGGCCAAAUUGGUCCAAGUUUGUGGCUGAGGACCUUUCCCAAGAAUGCUUCUGGACAAAGGCAAAGGAAGACCGCUUUGAGAACAAUGAACUUUUUGCCAAACUUACUCAUAUCUUCUCUGCCCAGACCAAGCCUUCCAAAGCCAAGAAGGAUCAAGAAGGUGGAGAAGAAAAGAAAUCUGUGCAAAAGAAAAAAGUGAAGGAGUUGAAGGUGUUGGAUUCGAAGACAGCCCAGAACCUCUCAAUCUUUCUGGGUUCCUUCCGAAUGCCCUAUCAAGAGAUUAAGACGGUCAUCCUCGAGGUGAACGAGGCUGUUCUCACUGAGUCUAUGAUCCAGAACCUCAUUAAGCAGAUGCCAGAGCCAGAACAGUUAAAGAUGCUUUCGGAACUGAAGGAUGACUAUGAUGACCUGGCUGAGUCAGAGCAGUUUGGCGUGGUGAUGGGCACUGUGCCCCGGCUGCGCCCGCGCCUGAAUGCCAUCCUCUUCAAGCUGCAGUUCAGUGAGCAAGUGGAGAACAUCAAGCCGGAGAUCGUUUCCGUGACUGCUGCAUGUGAGGAGUUACGUAAAAGCGAGAGCUUCGCCAGCCUCCUGGAGAUUACCUUGCUUGUUGGAAACUAUAUGAAUGCCGGCUCCAGGAAUGCCGGAGCCUUUGGAUUCAACAUCAGCUUCCUCUGUAAGCUUCGAGACACCAAGUCUGCAGAUCAGAAGAUGACAUUGCUGCACUUCUUGGCUGAGUUGUGUGAGAACGACUACCCUGAUGUGCUCAAGUUUCCAGAUGAACUGGCGCACGUGGAGAAGGCCAGCCGCGUUUCUGCUGAGAACUUGCAAAAGAAUCUAGAUCAGAUGAAGAAACAGAUUUCUGAUGUGGAACGUGAUGUUCAGAAUUUCCCAGCUGCCACCGAUGAGAAAGACAAGUUUGUUGAAAAAAUGACUAGCUUCGUGAAGGGUGCCCAGGAGCAGUAUAACAAGCUGCGCAUGAUGCAUUCGAACAUGGAGACCCUCUAUAAGGAGCUGAGCGAGUACUUCCUCUUUGACCCCAAGAAGGUGUCUGUGGAAGAAUUCUUCAUGGACCUACACAACUUUAGGAAUAUGUUUUUGCAAGCAGUCAAGGAGAACCAGAAGCGGAGGGAGACAGAGGAAAAGAUGCGGCGAGCCAAACUGGCCAAGGAGAAGGCCGAGAAGGAACGACUGGAGAAGCAGCAAAAGAGAGAGCAGCUCAUCGACAUGAACGCAGAGGGCGAUGAGACAGGAGUGAUGGACAGCCUUCUAGAAGCUCUGCAGUCAGGGGCGGCAUUCCGCCGGAAGAGAGUACCCCGUCAAGCCAACAGGAAAGCCGGGUGUGCGGUCACUUCCCUACUGGCCUCAGAACUGACCAAGGACGACGCCAUGACUGCUGUUCCUGCAAAGGUGGCCAAGAGCACUGAGGGGGUCUCCACAAUCCUGGAGGAAACCAAGGAACUGGUUGGCCGUGCAAGCUAAGCUGGGUCCUGUGGCCACAGCUGCUCCUCAGCCGAGGCCCAGGCUGCCCUGCCAUGCAGCAUGUGCCUAACGGGUCAUGGGAACAUUGCUCUGGGGCCGCCCCUCUCACCAUCCUGAUCCUGUCUUUCUCUUUGGCCUGCUGGUCUCUGUACAUCACCUACAGCUGCCUAGAGGCCAGGAGGAAAGGGCAUUGGGGGAGAGGCUUGAGCCCGACCCAGCCGGCUCCAGCUGUUGUCUUACCAAAGCAGGGUCCGUGUCUGCUGCCUUAACCCUGUCUCUGUUACUCUGAGGCCUCCCUCAGACAAAGGCCCGCUUGCUUCCUCAACCCGGGACUUCCCAGUGGACUUUUCCCUAGGUCAAUCUUGCUGGAUUUGUGCUUUUCCUUUGUGGUUUCUCUGACCUUAAGAAACAGCAUGGGGCUUGUGAACCUUUGGGCUCUAUCCCUCCUUUUGUUGCUGUCACCUCUGCUCUUUUCUCUCUCUCCUGGCUUUUAUUUAUUACUAGUGAUGGGGCAGUGGGAGCUGCAUCCGAGGAAGGAGUGGGUAAAUCCCACCCAUACCCACCUUCCUGGGUAAGGCCCCAGUUUCGGCCAAGGCCAAAGCCUGGGGCCCAUGAGGCAGGGCUCAAAGACCAGAGACCUUGCAGUCCUAGCCCGCAGCCUGCUGUUAAACGCUUCUGUUUCAUGUCGGGGCCUCUCUGGACCCUCUGCACCGGGCGACUGAGCCAAGACCCCUCCUCAGCCCUCCCCAGCACUUUGGUGUGCCUCGUCUGGAGUAUGGGCUGUUUCGUAACCAUCUCAACAUCUCUGUGUCUCCAAGGAAAUGGGAGGUGGAGCCUCCUGGCUGAGAAAUUGUUUUGCAAAUGGAUCUAUUUUUAUAUGAGAAUUUUUUUGUUUGUUUUUUAAGAAAAAUCUCUCUGUCCCACAAUGUAAGAGGUUUUGAUGGUAGCUUUCCGAGUUCCUGGGUCCUCGCGCAGGCCUCAUCCGGUCCACUGCACUAGCUCUCAAGCCUGUCAGACCCUUAAGGCCUCACCCGGCGCUCUCCCAGCAUCAGUGCUGGGCAGGGGGGCCUCUUCUCGGGUUGAGUUGGACAGGCCAAGACCUAGUGCAAGCUCUAAGACCACAGAGCUUUUAUAAAUUUAAUAUAUUUAUCAAGCCAAAUGUGCAAAUGCUAACUGGAAAUUCUGGGAAGGUGGGCACAGAGAGUGCCCCCACACAUUGUACCAGUGGGCAGGCCACACUGUUCAGGGGCCUCUGCCACAGGAAGCUCAGCUUUUUGGGCUCCCCUGAGCUGUCCACCCCUAGGUCGGAGAGGAUAGCACUGUUCGGGCCUGGCCCAGAAUUUUAAUUGUUAGAGGGAACCUGGAAGACUUAAGGGGGCUGCAGGGAGACCUCGGGGCCUGGAAGAAGUUCUGAUUGCUAGGCUGGUCCAGCUCGCAGGAACCUGUGUAUGAAGGGGCUACAGCAGUUCCGUGCAAUACUGUGGUACAGGGGGCUAUCGCCUCCUCCUCCUCCCAUCUCACCGACAUCUGGGACUUUGACCCUUUCUUUUGUAAUCAACUUUUGCUAAGAAGCAUUUAAUAAUAAAAAUUUUUUAAAAGGGACAAAAUGCAAGCCUAUUUCCCGUGCCUCUUGGGCUUCUGGAAUGUCAUCAUCUCCAAUUUCUUGGGUUUGUUUCCAACUGUUAAUAAAGCAUUGAAACUAC